AUGAACUUCAAUUAUUUCAUUACAAUAGAGGGGAUCACAUUCCCUUUAAAUUCUCCUCGAAAAAGGAGAAAGAAAGACUCCUUUCUAUUGUCUGGGAGCGGACAAAUUACCCGACGAAUAAUAGGUACCCACACCCCAGGCAGAGUUAGUGAGCCGUGUAAUAGGCGACCAUUUCGCGCGGUUCGGGGGGCACUUGAGUCAGCCGCCGGCGCCCGACAGCGUCUUGACCCCCAUCCAAUUUUUGGGCCAAUUCCCCCUUCGUACUACCAAAAAAUGAGAUUCUUGCCGAAUCCGAGUUUGCUGCUCCAACCAUUACCAAACUAA